AUGAGCGAUUCUAAGAAAUCAUGGAAGAGUUACCUCCCUCAUUUGAGAGUACUACCCGAAGAGAAUCAAGACUUAUACUUGGAAGACACUACAUCCAGCAUUGUGGCCGAAGAGGAAUUGCAUCACGACCUUGGCAAGUCUUCAAAAGUUGAUGUUACAGCAGAAUCCACCGCCGUGGAAGCUCAUCCGCAAAAUUUGAGACACGAAUUGCCAUACGAAGUAAGAGAUGAAGCUGGCCGUAAAUGGUGGAAAUAUUUCGAUGAGUUCGAAUAUCGUGUUAAUAAAGAGUACAAGAAAUCGCGGAAGUGGUACGAAUUUUUGUAUCCUAACCAUACCACCCAAACCAAGGCGGAGAGAAGACUACUUUACAAAUUAGACAUUGUUAUUGCUCUGUACUUUUUCAUGUUAUGUUGGUCUAAGUCGGUGGAUUCAAAUAACUACACCAACGCUUACGUCUCCAACAUGAAGGAGGAUUUAAAAAUGAAGGGUAAUGAUUACGUUUAUACUUCAACUAUUGCUAAUGUCGGUGCCAUUGUUUUUCAGUUACCAUUUAUGUACUUGUUGCCAAGAUUCCCCGCUCAUAUAAUUUUACCGGUAAUGGAUUUGGGUUGGACAUGGUUUACAUUUGCUUGUUAUAGGGCAAAAACGUUGGCUGAAUUGAGAGCAUACAGAUUUAUCCUGAGUGCCUUCGGUGCAGCCUACUACCCAGUAUCACAAUAUGUUUUGGGCUGUUGGUAUGCCCCCGACGAAAUCAACUCAAGAGUUUGCUUAUUCUUUUGUGGGCAGCAAUUGGGGUCCGUGACCUCGGGUCUCUUACAAAGCCGGAUAUUCAAAAGUUUGAACGGCGUGCAUGGUCUGGCUGGUUGGAGAUGGAUGUUUUUGAUCGACGCCAUUGCAAUUUCGCUUCCAACAGCUAUUAUUGGCUUUUUCGUUAUUCCCGGCAUACCAUCCAAAUGUUACUCUUUAUUCUUGACUGAUGAAGAAAUCAGAAUUGCAAGAGCCAGAAAUAAGAGAAACCAAAUCAAAGACGGCGUCGACAAAAGUAAGCUAGUUCCACUUUGGAGCAGAAAGCUUUGGAAGAAAGUUUUCUGCACCCCAGCAUUUUGGGUGCUUGUUAUCUUCGAUAUGUGCUCAUGGAAUAAUAUGACCGCCUAUAGUGGUUCAUAUACAUUGUGGUUGAAAUCUAACACUAAGUACUCUAUUUCUCAGGUGAACAACCUGAGUGUUAUUCCGGCUUGUCUAGGGUUUGCGUACGUGAUCUUUUGUGCUAUGGGUGCUGAUAUGUUUAGAUGCAAAUGGAUAUUUAUGGUAUUUGCCGCUAUUAUGAAUACCGUUUCUUGUGGUCUGCUAAUCAAAUGGGAUAUUUCCUCCAAGGCUAAAUGGUAUGCAUUUUUCACCACGUAUUUCAGUGUUGCUGCGUCACCAUGUCUAUGGUCGUUUAUAAACGACUUCUUGAGAUUCGAUCCUCAAGUGAAAGCCGUUACGUGGAUCGCCAUUUAUUCAUUCUCUCAGUCUACUUACGCCUGGAUCCCCACGUUGGCAUGGCCUACUGUGGAGUCGCCUCGUUUCAAGACCGGUUACACCGUAAGUUUAAUCUUCGGUGCCAUUUACGGUUUAUGGACAUUUGUUGUUUUGUUUUUCUACAAGAGGAACGAAAAGAAGCACGCUCUAGGAAAUGGUAUCAUCUUAUAUGAUAGUAGUAAGGGCGAAGAGCUCCCAGAAUUUGUAAAAAAAGAUAUGGAGGAAAAAGACGGCUACUACUAUCUAAAACGAUCCUGA